GCUAAGUACCAGCUAGCAGGCCUUGCAAAGGCAAUGCUGCCGGUCAUGCAUCUUCAUAAGGGUUACUUGACCACCCGUCGGUUGCAAGAGCAGCAUUUGGACAAAGCUUCCUUCCUGCAGGCGCUCAAGCAACCCCUCUGGUAGCCCGGCAAACAGGACAGCUCAUUCAGCACGCGCUAAAAGAUACAUCUUCUAAGGGCAGGUGAUUGAGGACAGCAUGGCCACGACGACGGAAGACGUGCGGAUGGAGAGCGGGGAGAGUCAGGAAGUGGAAACCUUUGCUUUCCAGGCGGAAAUUAACCAGCUGCUGAGUCUGAUCAUCAAUACGUUCUACAGCAACAAAGAAAUCUUCCUCAGGGAAUUGAUCAGCAACUCCAGUGAUGCUUUGGAUAAGAUCCGAUUUGAGGGUCUGACAGACAAGAGCAAGCUCGAUGCGCAGCCUGAGCUGUUCAUCCACAUUGUCCCUGACAAGACCUCAAACACCCUCAGCAUCAUUGACAGUGGCAUUGGAAUGACAAAAGCAGACUUGGUGAACAACCUCGGCACCAUCGCCCGCUCGGGCACUAAGGAUUUCAUGGAGGCGCUGACACAGGGUGCGGGUGACAUCAGCAUGAUUGGGCAGUUCGGUGUCGGCUUCUACAGUGCGUACCUAGUGGCAGAGCGGGUGGUGGUGACUACCAAGCACAACGACGAUGAGCAGUACAUCUGGGAGUCACAGGCAGGGGGCUCGUUCACUGUGAAGAGGGAUACCAGCGGAGAGGAUUUGGGGAGGGGGACAAAGAUUACGCUGUUCCUGAAAGAGGACCAGACUGAGUACCUGGAGGAGCGGCGCCUCAAGGAUCUGAUCAAGAAGCACUCCGAGUUCAUCAGCUACCCCAUCAGCCUGUGGAAGGAGAAGACCAGUGAGCGGGAGGAGUCUGACGAUGAGGAAGACCAGGAAAAAAUGAAGGAGGACAAGGACAAGGAGGAGGAGGGCAAGGUCGAAGAGGCCGACGACGAGGAGGAGAAGAAGGAGAAGAAGAAGAAGAAGGUGAAGGAGGUGACGCACGAGUGGGAGCUGGUGAACAAGCAGAAGCCGAUCUGGAUGCGCAACCCGGACGAGAUCACGCGCGAGGAGUACGCGGCCUUCUACAAGUCGCUCACCAACGACUGGGAGGAGCACCUGGCCGUGAAGCACUUCUCGGUGGAGGGCCAGCUGGAGUUCAAGAGCAUCCUGUUCGUGCCCAAGCGCGCGCCGUUCGACCUGUUCGACCAGAAGAAGAAGCCGAACAACAUCAAGCUGUACGUGCGGCGCGUGUUCAUCAUGGACAACUGCGAGGAGCUCAUCCCCGAGUACCUCAGCUUCGUCAAGGGCGUCGUCGACAGCGAGGACCUGCCGCUCAACAUCUCCCGCGAGAUGCUGCAGCAGAACAAGAUCCUCAAGGUGAUCCGCAAGAACCUGGUGAAGAAGAGCCUGGAGAUGUUCAACGACUUGGCGGAAAACAAGGAGGACUACAAGAAGUUCUACGAGGCCUUCAGCAAGAACCUGAAGCUGGGCAUUCACGAGGACAGCCAGAACCGGGCCAAGCUCGCCGAUCUCCUGCGCUACUAUACCACCAAGUCGCUCGACGAGAUGACGAGCCUGAAGGACUACGUGACGCGCAUGAAGGAGGGCCAGAAGAACAUCUACUACAUCACGGGAGAGAGCCUGAAGGCGGUGCAGAACUCGCCGUUCCUGGAGCGGCUCAAGAAGAAGGGCUUCGAGGUCAUCUUCAUGACGGACCCCAUCGACGAGUUUGCCGUGCAGCAGCUCAAGGAGUACGACGGCCACAAGCUCGUCUCCGCCACCAAGGAGGGCCUGGUGCUGGAGGAGACGGAGGAGGAGAAGAAGAAGUUCGAGGAGCUGAAGGCGCAGUUCGAGCCGCUGUGCAAGGUGAUCAAGGACAUUCUGGGCGACCGCGUGGAGAAGGUCGUCGUCUCCGACCGCGUCGUCGAGUCGCCCUGCGUGCUCGUCACCGGCGAGUACGGCUGGUCCGCCAACAUGGAGCGCAUCAUGAAGGCGCAGGCGCUGCGCGACAGCAGCCAGUCGCAGUACAUGGCGUCCAAGAAGACAAUGGAGAUCAACCCGACGAACCCGAUCAUGAACGAGCUGCGCAAGCGCGCGGAGGCGGACAAGGGCGACAAGACCGUCAAGGACCUCGUCCUGCUGCUCUACGAGACGGCGCUGCUGACGUCAGGCUUCAGCCUGGAUGACCCCACCACGUUCGGGAAGCGCAUCUACCGCAUGGUGCAGCUGGGGCUGUCGAUUGACGAGCCGGAAGAAGCGGAGGGCGGGGGGGAUGAGGACAUGCCGCCCCUUGAGGAGCAGGGGGCGGACGAGGGCAGCAAGAUGGAGGAGGUCGAUUAGGUUGGGCUCGAAUGGAGUUCCGGAAAUAAAGGGGGUUAGUGAGCAGGAAGCGAGUUAGUGGGGUCGGGAAGGCGGUAGUUCAUCCGCUGUGAUCUGAGGGUCCGUUAGACGGGUUAGUCGGGUUAAAUCGCUUAGCGGUGUGCGUGUAGAUAUGAUCAAGUAUAAGAGACCCGCAAGCGGCAAGCCAUGGAAGGGAUCAGCGCCAUCAUAAGAUCAGCGCUUUGCUGAGAGAGCAUAGUCGAGACCUUUGACAUUUUGAACGUUCUGGUUAUCAGUCCUAACAUAGUGUUUACAAAACACUAAGAGCAUGCGGAGAAGGGCUUUCAUAAGAGGACAUAGAAGGCGUUCUUGACCUACGAAAUGUGAUACAUUAUUUGUAUAGCAUAGUUUGAGUGAUGACCUUAUAGUGUUCUCUUCUGAAUGUCAAAAAUACUGUAGGACUUGUGCAGUUUCGAGACCAAUUUCGCAGCAAAAUCUCCAGGUCAUGCAUUAUGGCUGAAUACCGCGCACAAGGACUGUGGCAAAUUGACUUUAUCGUGGUUACUGUGACCCCUCUACCUUCCAAGCCGCAUGCUUUGACAUUACGUGGUUCACGGCCUUUCAAGCAAAAACUCGCUUACGUACGAGCAUAUUGGGG